UCUGCCGGCUUGUCAAGGCUUCAAUGUGUUCCUUGUUCGCGGAGACAUUUGAAGAUGAGAAAGAUUGAGCUGGCCUCAAAUGUGACGCUCGGCUAGCUAAUGCUAAUACAAUACUAGCACAAACACUUGCUAGUCUCCCAAACAGGACAGGAUAAAGUUCCGUUUAUUUUCCCGUGUGCUUAGUGUCCGUGUGACUAUGCUUUAAUUGAGCUCCAUUUUCACUUCCGUUUUCUUUUUUUGUUCUUGGUCCCUUGUGGAAUCCUGGCCGGCACCUCGCUGCCAACCCGCACACCCGCUCCUUGGACAACUGCAGACUGGGGGCCAGCUCUGGAUUAUUCUAUAAAGUAACUUUUAUUUAGUUAGCUAAACUGUUAGCUAGCUGAAUAGAAAAAAGUUUUUGCUGUCCACGAUGUCUGGGAGCGAGGAUGACAGAGAUGAUUACGGCGCGGAAGACCGGUUAAUGCACGAUGACGAAGAAGAGAUUUCCGAGAAUGAGACUCCAAAGGUAAAGAAGAAGAAAAAGGCCAAGAAGAGCCGUGAGAGUAAAAGCAGCAAGCGACGUUCGCGCAGAGAGGAACUCCCCAUCAGCUCGCCGGAGCACAUGGACGUGGGCAGGGCUGAGGCGCCGGAGGACGGCAGCCAUGCUCAGCGCUCGGACAGCGAGGGCAGCGACUACACUCCAGGUCGCAAGAAAAAGAAGCGUGCCACUAGCAGUAAGGACAAGAAACGCAGCGGUGCCGAACGUAGCUCCAAGAAAAAGGAGCCCGAGCCGGAGGAGGACGAUGACGACGACGAUGACGACUUCUCGGAGCCAAAGUCGUCCUCCCAGCUGCUGGAUGACUGGGGCAUGGAGGACAUCGAUCACGUUUUCUCAGAAGAGGACUACCGUUCUCUGACAAACUACAAGGCCUUCAGUCAGUUUGUCAGGCCUCUCAUCGCAGCCAAGAACCCCAAAAUCGCAGUGUCUAAGAUGAUGAUGGUUCUGGGAGCAAAGUGGCGGGAGUUUAGCACCAACAACCCUCUGAGGGGAGCGGCUGCCGCCAACGCUGCUUUGGCCACAGCAAAUGUACCAGCUGCUGUUGACAAUAUGGUGGCAGAGGCUGCACCGCCCCCCGCGCCAGUUCCAGCCCCAGUAGAACCCCAGCCUCCCCCCGCGCCUCCUCUCCGCAAGGCCAAGACCAAGGAAGGCAAAGGUCCUAACGCCCGCAAAAAGUCUAAGGCUGCAUCUAAACCUCCAGAGAAAAAAAACAACGCAAAGACCAAGAAAGUGGCUCCGCUGAAAAUCAAACUCGGAGGCUUCAAUAGCAAGAGGAAACGCUCAUCGAGCGAGGAGGACGAGCCCGACGUGGACAGCGACUUUGAGGACGGCAGCAUGAACAGCAUCUCCGUCUCGGAAGGCUCCAACAGCCGCAGCAGUCGCAGCAAAAAGAAGCCUUCGUCCAAGGCCAAACCCAAGAGGAAGAAAGAAGCUGAGGACGGGGACGGCUACGAGACAGACCAUCAGGAUUACUGCGAGGUGUGUCAGCAGGGUGGCGAGAUCAUUCUGUGCGACACGUGUCCUAGAGCUUACCACAUGGUCUGUCUGGACCCUGACAUGGAGAAAGCUCCCGAGGGUACCUGGAGCUGCCCGCACUGUGAGAAAGAGGGCAUCCAGUGGGAGGCGAGGGAGGAACCCUCGGAAGGCGAGGAGGACAUUGGGGAUGCCGGAGAGAUGGAAGAAGACGACCACCACAUGGAGUUCUGCCGGGUGUGCAAAGACGGAGGAGAGCUGCUAUGCUGCGACUCGUGCCCGUCGUCCUACCACAUCCAUUGCCUCAACCCGCCUCUGCCUGAGAUCCCCAAUGGAGAAUGGAUCUGUCCCCGCUGCCUGUGUGCUCCAAUGAAGGGAAAGGUCCAGAAGAUCUUGACAUGGCAGUGGGGCGAGCCUCCUCCCCCGACACCUGUGCCCCGCCCACCAGACCUCGCGGCUGACGCACCCGACCCCGCCCCGCUGGCAGGGCGACCGGAGCGAGAGUUCUUUGCCAAAUGGUCCAACAUGUCAUACUGGCACUGCUCUUGGGUCACUGAACUGCAGCUGGAACUCCACUGUCAGGUGAUGUUCAGGAACUACCAGAGAAAGAACGACAUGGACGAGCCACCUCCCAUUGACUUUGGUGAUGGUGAGGAAGACAAGAGUGUCAAGAGGAAGAACAAGGAUCCCAUGUACGCAAAGCUGGAGGAGAAGUACCUCCGGUUUGGAAUAAAGAUGGAGUGGCUGAUGAUCCACCGCAUCCUGAACCACAGCGUGGACAGAAAAAAUAACGUGCACUACCUGAUCAAGUGGCGGGAGCUGGCGUACGACCAGGCCACCUGGGAAGCGGAUGACAUGGACGUUCCUGAGUUUGACACCUACAAAGUGCAGUAUUGGAACCACAGAGAGCUGAUGAUGGGUGAUGACGGGAAACCUGGGAAGAAGAUCAAGGUCAAAGGUCGUGUGAAGCGUCCAGACAGACCUCCAGAGAACCCUGUGGUUGAUCCCACCAUCAAGUUUGAACGUCAGCCAGAGUACUUAGACACCACUGGGGGAACGCUGCACCCCUACCAGCUGGAGGGGCUCAACUGGCUGCGCUUCUCCUGGGCUCAGGGCACCGACACCAUCUUGGCUGACGAGAUGGGCUUGGGCAAGACGGUCCAGACCGCCGUCUUCCUCUACUCACUGUAUAAAGAGGGUCACUCCAAGGGUCCAUUCCUCGUCAGCGCUCCGCUCUCCACUAUCAUCAACUGGGAGAGAGAGUUUGAGAUGUGGGCGCCGGACAUAUAUGUGGUGACGUACGUGGGCGACAAGGACAGCAGGGCCGUCAUCAGAGAGAACGAGUUCUCCUUUGAGGACAACGCCAUCCGAGGAGGGAAGAAAGCCUCUAAGAUGAAGAAAGACUCUUCUAUAAAGUUCCAUGUGCUGCUGACGUCGUACGAGCUGAUCACCAUCGACAUGGCCAUCUUGGGCUCUAUUGACUGGGCCUGUUUGGUGGUAGACGAAGCUCACAGGCUAAAAAACAACCAGUCCAAGUUUUUCCGGAUCUUGAACAAUUACCCUCUGCAGCACAAGCUGCUUCUCACUGGAACUCCGCUGCAAAACAACUUGGAGGAACUUUUCCAUCUGCUCAACUUCCUCACGCCAGAGAGGUUCAGCAACCUGGAGGGCUUCCUGGAGGAAUUUGCAGACAUUGCCAAAGAGGACCAGAUCAAGAAGUUACACGACAUGUUGGGUCCGCACAUGCUCAGGAGGCUAAAGGCCGAUGUGUUUAAGCACAUGCCCUCGAAGACAGAGCUCAUUGUCAGGGUAGAGCUCAGCCCCCUUCAGAAGAAAUACUACAAAUUCAUUCUGACCAGGAACUUUGAUGCUCUGAACACCAAAGGGGGGGGGAACCAAGUCUCGCUACUCAACGUUGUCAUGGACCUCAAAAAGUGCUGCAACCACCCCUUCCUCUUCCCUGGCGCAGCAAUGGAAGCUCCAAAACUGCCUAAUGGAAUGUAUGACGGAAGCUCCCUCAUAAAGGGGGCUGGGAAGCUAAUGUUGCUACAGAAGAUGAUGAGGAAGCUGAAGGACGGAGGUCACAGAGUGCUAAUCUUCUCUCAGAUGACCAAGAUGUUGGACCUGCUGGAGGACUUUCUGGAGAAUGAGGGCUACAAGUACGAGCGUAUCGACGGAAGCAUCACAGGAGGGAUGAGACAGGAGGCCAUUGAUCGCUUCAACGCUCCUGGCGCUCCGCAGUUUGCCUUCCUGCUGUCGACAAGAGCCGGAGGUCUGGGAAUCAACCUGGCCACUGCCGACACUGUCGUCAUCUAUGACUCGGACUGGAAUCCUCACAAUGACAUCCAGGCCUUCAGCAGAGCUCAUCGAAUUGGUCAGAACAGAAAAGUGAUGAUCUACCGCUUUGUCACCAAGGCGUCAGUAGAGGAGAGGAUCACGCAGGUUGCUAAGAAGAAGAUGAUGCUGACCCACCUGGUUGUCCGGCCUGGCCUCGGAUCCAAGACGGGCUCCAUGUCAAAGCAGGAACUGGAUGACAUUCUCAAGUUUGGAACAGAGGAGCUCUUCAAAGAUGAGGGAGAGGGUGAGAACAAGGAGGAUGACAGCAGCGUCAUCCACUACGACGACAAGGCCAUCGACCGCCUGCUGGACAGAAACCAGGACGCCACAGACGACACAGAGCUGCAGAGCAUGAACGAGUACCUGAGCUCCUUCAAGGUGGCGCAGUAUGUGGUCAAAGACGAGGACGAGGAGGAGGAAGAGGUGCAGCGUGAGAUUAUCAAGCAGGAGGAGAGUGUGGACCCCGACUACUGGGAGAAGCUUCUGCGUCACCAUUACGAGCAGCAGCAGGAGGACUUGGCUCGCAACCUGGGCAAGGGCAAGCGCAUCCGCAAGCAGGUCAACUACAACGACGGCUCGCAGGAGGACAGAGCCGAUUGGCAGGAUGACCAGUCUGACGGCCAAUCGGAUUACUCCGUGGCCUCCGAGGAAGGAGAUGAGGACUUUGAUGAGCGAACAGAAGCCAACUCACGCAGGCCCAACAGGAAGGGCCUGAGGAACGAGCGAGACAAGCCGUUGCCCCCCCUGCUGGCCAGGGUGGGAGGCAACAUCGAGGUGCUGGGUUUCAACUCUCGGCAGAGGAAGGCCUUCUUGAAUGCUGUGAUGCGUUAUGGCAUGCCCCCACAAGACGCAUUCACCACCCAGUGGUUGGUCCGAGACCUCCGAGGCAAAUCGGAGAAAGAGUUCAAGGCCUACGUUUCUCUGUUCAUGCGCCACCUUUGCGAGCCCGGGGCUGAUGGCGCAGAGACCUUUGCAGACGGCGUUCCCAGGGAAGGGUUGUCACGGCAACACGUCCUUACCCGCAUCGGCGUAAUGUCGCUUAUCCGUAAGAAGGUUCAGGAGUUUGAACACGUCAACGGCCAGUGGUCCAUGCCCUGGAUGGCCGAGCUAGAGGAGAACAAGCGAGCCGCUCAACCCAACUCGCCGGGAAAAACGCCAUCCACGGGAACCCCUGCUGACACCCAACCCAACACGCCCGCUACAGUGGACGAGUCAAAGAGCGAUGAGGCAGUCAAGGAUGGAGAGAAAGACACAAAGAAAGACAAUGAGGCGGACAAAAACGGCCAAGACACCACAAAGACCGCCAGUGAGGUAAUCUCCAUCCCAGAUGACAAUGAUAAGAGUUCGUCUGAGGAAAAGAAGAACGGAGAGGAGCCUAUGGAGGUCGACAAGGCAACCAAUGGAGAAGCAGAGAGCGGGAAGGACGGCGAGAGCGAGAAGAAGAGUCCGGAGGGAGGAGAGGACUCUGCGUCUCCCUCAGAAGCCAAAAUUGAGGGGGUGGAGUCUAAAAGUCAAGAUGCUGAAGUUAAUGGUGAAAUUUUAUACACACUCACACAUCUGAGAUGGAAAAUGCGUGCUAAAUGUUCUUUGUUUCUAGAAGAAAAGACAGAGAAAAUGGACACUGCUUCUCCCGCAGACGACAAGAAAGACGCAAAGGAAGAGAAGGAAACUCUAAAGCCGGAGGAGGCCACCAAAUUGCAGAAUGGCGACAGCAGCAAGGAGAGCGGAACCUCAGCCAGCACUGCUGUUGUCACUGCUGCCACUGCUGCAGCAAUCGAGGAGAAGAAGAAGGCAAAGACCCGCUUCAUGUUUAACAUUGCGGACGGAGGCUUCACAGAGCUUCACUCCUUGUGGCAGAACGAGGAGCGCGCUGCCACGGUGACCAAGAAAACGAAUGAGAUCUGGCACCGUCGCCAUGACUACUGGCUGCUGGCCGGCAUCAUUCAACACGGUUACGCUCGCUGGCAGGACAUCCAGAACGACGUCAAGUUCGCCAUCCUCAACGAGCCUUUUAAAGGAGAGAUGAACCGAGGAAACUUCUUGGAAAUCAAGAACAAGUUCCUGGCCAGGAGGUUUAAGCUCUUAGAGCAGGCACUGGUGAUCGAGGAGCAGCUGCGUCGCGCCGCCUACCUCAACAUGUCUGAGGACCCCUCCCACCCCUCCAUGGCGCUCAACACCCGCUUCAGCGAGGUGGAGUGUUUGGCGGAGUCCCACCAACACCUCAGCAAGGAGUCCAUGUCAGGGAACAAACCGGCCAACGCCGUCCUGCACAAAGUGCUGAAGCAGCUGGAGGAGCUGCUGAGCGACAUGAAGGCGGACGUCACCCGCCUCCCGGCAACCAUCGCCCGGAUACCGCCGGUCGCCGUGCGUCUGCAGAUGUCUGAGAGGAACAUCCUGAGCCGCCUGGCGAGCCGAGGGCCCGAGACCCAGACCCAAACGCAGGCACAGACGCAACAGAUGUCACAGCAGUAGACUGAAGCUUGGCUCUUUACCUCAAAGAAAACCUGCCCCCGCCUCACCUUGACAUUCCUCAUUGGUGCACAUGAUGGACAUUGCGCCCAAGCUUGAAGCCACGCUCAACUCUCACCUAGCCCCGCCCCCCCAUACAGACUUUUGUGGAAGAUGGAAUUUCUUCCUGACUCCGUGUUUAAGGUUGGGGACAGAAAGCUAUUUUAUUAUUUUUCCCUUUUUUUUUUUUUUUUUUCAACUUCUGUAUUAAUAUUAUUGAUAUAAUGUUAUUAUGAUGGUUUUUUGGGACCUA